AUGGCUGAUGAACUUAGGAAAGGUGAUUCACUUAUUCUAUUUGAGGUUGUUUCCUUAUUUGUGCUGUAUGACCAAGCCUUCAGGCAGAGUGGAAAAAUGAGAGGAUUUGCUUUUGUAACUUUCGAUGAUCAUGAUACAGUUGAUAAAAUUGUUGUUCAGAAAUACCACAUUAUUAAUGGGCAUAAUUGUGAAGUGAAAAAGGCCCUUCCUAAACAAGAGAUGCAGUCUGCUGGAUCACAGAGAGGUUGUGGAGGUGGAUCUGGCAAUUUUAUGGGUCACGGACGAAACUUUGGAGGUGGUGGAGGUAAUUUUGGCUGUGGUGGAAACUUCGGUGGAAGAGGAGGUUAUGGUGGUGGAGGUGGUGGCAGCAGAGGUAGUUAUCGAGGAGGUGAUGGUGGAUAUAAUGGAUUUGGUGAUGGUGGCAACUAUGGCGGUGGUCCUGGUUAUAGUAAUAGAGGGGGCUAUGGUGGUGGUGGACCAGGAUAUGGAAACCAAGGUGGUGGAUAUGGUGGCGGUGGUGGAGGAUAUGAUGGUUACAAUGAAGGAGGAAAUUUUGGUGGUGGUAACUAUGGUGGUGGUGGGAACUAUAAUGAUUUUGGAAAUUAUAGUGGACAACAGCAAUCAAAUUAUGGACCCAUGAAAGGGGGCAGUUUCGGUGGAAGAAGCUCCGGCAGUCCCUAUGGUGGUGGUUAUGGAUCUGGUGGUGGAAGUGGUGGAUAUGGUAGCAGAAAAUUCUAAAAGCAGCAGAAAAGGGCUACAGUUCUUAGCAGGAGAGAGAGCGAGGAGUUGUCGGGAAAGCUGCAGGUUACUUUGAGACAGUCGUCCCAAAUGCAUUAGCGGAACUGUAAAACUCUGCCACAGAAGGAGCGAUGAUCCAUAGUCAGAAAAGUUACUGCAGCUUAAACAGGAAACCCUUCUUGUUCAGGACUGUCAUAGCCACAGUUUGCAAAAAGUGCAGCUAUUGAUUAAUGCGAUGUAGUGUCAAUUAGAUGUACAUUCCUGAGUUCUUUUAUCUGUUGUAGCUUUGUCUUUUUCUUUUUCUUUUCAUUACAUCAGGUAUAUUGCCCUGUAAAUUGUGGUAGUGGUACCAGGAAUAAAAAAUUAAGGAAUUUUUAACUUUU